CGCUCCCCCUCACCGCCCACUCCCCUGCUGCUGCGCGACGGCGGCGGCGGCUCCUCCCGCCCGAGGCAGUCGGGCUCCGUGCCGGGGGCGGGAGGGGGCGGGGGAGCGCGCCAGCCGCUGGGAGUUGGGGGCGAUGGCGAAGCUCCGGGUGGCUUACGAGUACACGGAAGCCGAGGACAAGAGCAUCCGGCUCGGCUUGUUUCUCAUCAUCUCCGGCGUCGUGUCGCUCUUCAUCUUUGGCUUCUGCUGGCUCAGUCCCGCGCUGCAGGAUCUGCAAGCCACGGCAGCCAACUGCACGGUGCUGUCGGUGCAGCAGAUCGGCGAGGUGUUCGAGUGCACCUUCACCUGUGGCGCCGACUGCAGGGGCACCUCGCAGUACCCCUGUGUCCAGGUCUACGUGAACAACUCCGAGUCCAACUCCAGGGCGCUGCUGCACAGCAACGAGCACCAGCUCCUGACAAACCCCAAGUGCUCCUAUAUCCCUCCCUGUGAGAGAGAAAAUCAGAAGAAUCUGGAAAGUGUCAUGACUUGGCAACAGUACUGGAAAGACGAGAUUGGUUCCCAGCCAUUUACUUGCUAUUUUAAUCAAUAUCAAAGACCAGACGACGUGCUUCUGCAUCGCACUCAUGAUGAGAUUGUCCUCCUGCAUUGCUUCCUGUGGCCCCUGGUAACAUUUGUGGUGGGCGUUCUCAUUGUGCUCCUGACCAUCUGCGCCAAGAGCCUGGCAGUCAAGGCAGAAGCCAUGAAGAAGCGCAAGUUCUCUUAAAGGGGUGUGGGCGUGUGGAAAGCAACGCACAGCAGCUGCACUCCUCGGCACACACCCACCUGCAGAGCCCGUGUUUCCCAGUGCAGGAGAUGGAAGGGGCCCCAGGAGGUCUCCAAGAGGCGCCUCCCUGAGUGGCAGCAGAACCAGGCACAACUGGAAGACUUGGAACCUUAAAGAUUGCAUUCCAUGUGUCGUCGUGAUGGCUAAAGGGUCAGGCUCUUAGCUCUAUGGAGUAACCAUUUCAGAAAAUCCUAUAGGAAGUUAAUUUUAUUUGGAAAGUAACUGUAUUAUUUGUACAGUGUAGUAUACAAACCAUUAUGAUUUAUGCUACUUAAAAAUAUUAAAAUAGAAUGGUCUGCGUUCUUUUUUAUUUUCUUUGUUUAUAUGCUUAGAACACUAAAUUUAAAAAGGGGUCUUCCAGUUUCAAUUGAUUCUACUAAAAAAAAAAAUCAAACUUUUACUUGGAGAUGAGAAUUCCUGCAUAAGUCUUGACCUCACUGCACAACCCUCAGUUUCCAUUACUAAAAGGUACCUUUUGACUCCUGUACGAUAAAGAGAAUAUGCACUAUUAAGUCAGGAUCCUGUCACUUCUGUGACCUUUAAACACUCUCAGACCCUCAGAUAUUGGGGAAACAUGUUGUCCCAUACUUGCCUUUCUUUGCCUUUCUAUUAUUUUUCACCAGUUUACUUCUUAAUAGAGGGAGAUGAUUCUAAAUGAGCCUGUCCUGGCUCUGUGAGCACUGGGCUCCUUUUCUCAUCUCUUCUUGUUCUUGUUGAUGGGUUCUAUCACUGUGCAACUGGAUGUCCUGAUGUGAAGGACACUCUUCAGUGUAGUUAAAUGAUGUUUUCAUUUUUUUUUUUUUAAGGUCAGAAAAAAAAAUUCAAAAUCAGCUCAAGCCUUCUGGUUUUAUUUUCUUUAUCCUUGCCUUGAUAUGAUCAGUAUUAAAACAGGAAGAUUGCUGCAGUUGCGCAGUUUGCUUGGACUUUUGUGGAGAUGCAGCCCAGCUCCCAUCCACGGGUGAUGAAAUUUUUUCUGUGCCUUUAUCAAAAAGUUCAUUAAUGAAACCAAACUUCUGUUCAUAAACUCGAAUUCCAAAUAGCAAUCACAGGUCUCAGUGAAUGUCAAGCCUAUCCUUUCGAUUUACCAUGUAGAAUCAAACCUUUGUUUAGAUGAGAUAUAAAUUUUUAGUGGAGGAACAACUGACAACAGAGUUUCUUUUUUGCUUUUCUCUCAUAUUCUUUAGACCUACUUCUGUUAGAAUAAAGUUAUUGCCACAGGGUUUUUACAAAGAUACGUGGUAAUAGAAUGAUGGCUUCUUAACUUCUAGUCUGCAUACCAAUGUUUUCUUAAAUUCAAAAUGUAAGUGAUUGAGACAGUUGUAGUUUUCUACCUUCUUCAUUUUUUUUCUGGUUCAAGUGCUGCACAUUUCACUGUGAAAAAGGCCUUGAACACACUGUUUAUGACAUCCUUUGAGGCAACUACAGUGCCUUGACUUCAAUUUUCUAUAGCAGCUUCCCUGUUGUCCUAGCAACUCAGUCACCACUUUAAAGUACAUAGUAGCAUGAAUCUGAAAAUCAGAGGAAAUUGUCACCUUUGCAUUACCCCAUCAUUGAGGGAGAUAAAGUCUACUUUAUCUUUUGGAAGGUUAUGAUUAACUGAUUACAAAGAGUAGAUAAAACAUCAUGGUGUAUGGAUAUACUUAUGUGUUGGAAAAAAGAGGAGUUGAUAUAUGCUAAUCUGUGUUUUCAUUUAGCAGUUUGGUACUCAUAAGUUUAUCUUAACUAACUCCUUCCAUUUAGGCCCAAUGUAUACAACUAUAUUCUGUAGGUUGAUUCUUAGAGAAGAGGACAAGCACACUGAACUCAUGUGAUUACGUAUAGUUUUAGGGUCUUAUUUGUUUGCAUCUGGUUAAAUUUGAGGCUCGUUAUUCCUACUGGUUAAAGGUAAAACCCAAAGAAAUAAGGAGAGACAUUUUUAAGGUCAUAAAAGCUGAAGUUGUUAAUAUUUUAAUUCUCUCCUUGUAUGAAUUAGAAAAUGGACUAAGUUGCUGCAACAGAGAGACCCCAAAAUAUGAUGGCUCAAGUAAGAUAGGCAUCUGUUUCUUCCUCAUAUAGCAACCCAGAGAUGGCUGGGGGAUCUUGGGCAGUCAGGGCAGUUCUGUGUCACAAGGUAAUUAAGGUCCCAGGAUUCUUCUAUUCUGUUCUCUCAUUACCCAUGGGUUAUUCAUCUCCACAGUUAAAGCUGGCUCGAAGAAGCAUAUCCACUUUCCAACCUGUGAAAAGAGAGGAAGAGAAGAAGUUGGUCAUAAUUUCCUUUUAAGGAAGUUUCACCCAUCACUUCUGCUCACAGUCCUUUCAUGAGUACUUAGCUUCAAGGAAGGCUGGGACAUGUUAUCUCUAGCUAGACGGACAUGGACCCUACCAAAACUCCAUGGAGGAGUUCUAUUACUAAAAGGGGAAAGGAGAGAAUGAGUACUAGAGUAAAAGACAAGAAUGAGGAAUAGCAGUCUAUGGCCCAUGCCAUGAUGAAAACCUGCUGCACAGGAGUGGCAAAGAUCCCUUACUCUGUAAGCAAGUAAGACCCUUGAGGAAACAUUAAUUCUGCUCUCUGGGAGAAACUCCCUUGUCCCCUGCCCUCUGUGAUUCCUACUUUGACCUUUAGGAAAUUCCUCUUGCCUAUUAGCUUCCAUGACGACAUCUGACAUUUCUUGGGAACAUUAAAGCUUUUUGCAGCCCCUUGCCUGCUGGUGCAGAUUUGUAACCCUAGAAAUUACCUUAGAGAUCGAACAAACAUAGGCUUUUAUAGGCCAGGACUGAAGUUUAUUUGUCUGGAAUAAAGAAUCUGACUCUA